GAGCAUAGAUAUCAGGACAGAAGAGUUGGUGUGGAUAAGAUGCUCCAGCACUUCUUCACUGCAAUGGAUGUUUUGGAGAUCUGAGGUGGUUGAACUAGCCGUGUCUUAUCCCCUUUAACCACAACCUUACCCACUGAAGAUGGUAUUGUGGACAUUUGCCUAAAGAGGUUGCUGAAGUUGUGUCUCCACUUUUCUCACCUCCCGGAAAGUACAUACCUCCAAAGAUGAAUGGGACCAUCUUUAACCAAACGGUCCUGGACCAAGCAGCUUACUACAACACAUCCCAAGGACUUGGGUCUUUUAUUGGAUGUUGCAAUGGAACCAGGGCUGUCAUCACAAGCGAUGGGGGUUCUGUUGUCUUAAUUCCAGAUGAGAGAAGCUUGUUCAUCAGCCGGGUGGUCCAGAUAGCUGUUCUGUGUGUCCUAUCCCUCACUGUCAUAUUUGGCAUCUUCUUCCUUGGCUGCAACUUACUCAUUAAGUCUGAAAGUAUGAUAAACUUCUUAGUGAAGGACAGGAGGCCAUCGAAAGAUGUGGGUGCAGUGAUUCUGGGUCUCUACUGAAUGAAAGGGUCAGUCCUAAACCCUUCCACAACAUCAUAAGGAUGACCAUGCCCUAGACCCACUGGAAGCUGUUAAAGUGGACAAUAUUGCAUGGAUUUUUUGGGGUCUGCAUGGGGUGUGCCAAAUGAGAACCCCACCGUGGCUGAAUGUCAAAUAAAGAAAUUACAAUGCUGCUAUUCCUUUUUUUUAAUGGUUACCUGUCUUUCCCUGCACUGCAGCAGCCCUCCUUAAGUAAUGAACUGUCUUGUAUUUUUUAUAAACCUGAUGGGUUGUAGACAGCCUGUGUACUACUCUACUAUAUCUGUUUCCAAUCUGGGUGAGGAUGGGGGUUAAUAAUUUGCAUGAUCUGCAGCCUAAAAUAUAAUUUCUUACCUCAGAAAUCCCGAUAGCUCGUUCCUUGCUCCUACUCAUUUUGUGGACAUGUUUUAAGCAUGUUUCCAAGGCUGCAGUCCUGUUUCUUCAAAGUGUGUUGCACUAUAGUUAUUGAAUACCAAGCAUGAGGAGGAAUGCUUUUUUUUUUUGUAUGCAUUGUCAAUGUCUAUUCUAUUGCUGUAAAUGUCUUUUUUUGCACUUUGAUGAAAAAUAAAACAUACUUUUUUCCUUUU